AUGGGGGGCGGCAACCGCGGCGCCGCCUCCGAGUCUGGCCGCCAGCGGACUGCCAGGCGCGGGGAAGCCCAGCCGCAGGGCUGCAGCGUCGCGGAGCGCCCGUGCAGCCGCCAGCAGGGAGGGGGCCAAAAGCAGCACACGCGAUCGCCAGCCACGAAACCCGCCAAGCCGCCGAUGACGCCGGUGGGCAAGCGGCCCCAGCGCAGCACAUCCGCCCAAGGGGCCAAGUCCUCCUCGUACGAGUACGAGUCCUCGUCCGACGACAGCGUCGUGACAACUGAUACGCCGCCCGGCGGAAGAUAG